GUCAGUUAUGAAUGUUUACAGAGACAGAAGCACAAUGCUUUCAUCUGGAUGGAUUUUAACGCUUUUAUUUCCAAUUCUGAUACUUCAGUUCACAGCAGUUGCUGGGCAACGUCGAGCUUUCUUCACUGUUAAAGUUGGUGAUGGAGUCACCUUACCCUGUGCAUAUGUGAAGCAAGAGAAACAUAACUGUGAUAGAAUCACAUGGACGUCCAAUAAGCCAGGAAACAGAAAUGUAUCCUGGUUCAACAGAGGGAAUUUCACAAAGGAAGCCAAAGCUAAAUCAGACAGGAUGAGUGUUACAGCAAACUGUUCUCUGGUCAUAAAGAACGUCACAGCAGAUGAUUUUGGUAAAUACAUCUGCAGAGAGGGCCUAAACCCAGUCCCCAUUGUGGUUGAUCUGACUGUUACCACCAUGACUGAACAAAGGAACAAUGAAACAGUCACCUUUAACUGCUCUGUGACAACAGAUACCUACUGCAGACACACAGUGGUGUGGGUGUUUGAGGGUAAAGAGCAAUUACCUUCAGAAAAGAACGUAUCAGCUUCCUGCUCUGCAGCCAUCACAAUCUCAGCAUCUCAUCUUCAUCAGAAUUUGAAGUUUUAUGAGUUAUUAAAGUGUAAAGUUAAAGACGGUUAUGAUAAAAAAGAUUUGUUGUUCACCUUCAGCCGCCAACAUUCAGAGGAGAAAACAGGCCAUAUGUGGACAACAUCAGUAACCCCAACAACAACCCAAUUUAGCAAAGAUAAUCAAACAAAACCACAAGGUUGGUUUUGUUGGGCUGCUUUGUCUGUGGUGAUGGCAGGACUCUUGAUAACUGUGAUAGUAAUCAUCACGUUGAAGAAAACUAAAGGUGCCAUCCACGUCUCUGAAGUUCUGGCCGCAAGUCUUCGGCUCCCGAGUUCCUCCCGGCCAGUUACGUUACACGCCUCCUGCCGGCCAGCUUCUGUGCUCUACACCCUCGUCAGCUGUUUAUCCAUGAGGAAAAUGCUCAAUAGCGGUUUUAAGGAGCCAAAGACCCACCCCCCAGAGGACCUAGGCAGACGUCAGGGGAACCAAAACCACCAGGCCAAGGCGCCAGCCAGAGGAGGGGAGCAAGACGAGGUGGGGGGCAGUGACAAAUAA